CUGCAGGACCUGGGUAGCCAUCUAGGAGCUUCUGGAGCCUCUCCUGUCCCACACAGUCCUGCACCCUCUUUGCCAACCGUGAGCAUCAGGGCACGCCCCAGAGUCUACCCUGGUGCCUCCUAAAGGAGCCAGAGGGCAGGAGAUUGAAGCCACAGUCCUAGGACAGCACUUCUGGGUCACUACAGCCUCAGCUCUACAGGGACAGAGGUUCCUGCAAGCACAGGAAAGAUACACCACCAAGCCCCCAACACACAGAGGCCCACAAACCUAACCCACUCCUGGCAUCUCCAGCUGAGCCCUGGAAAGGACAUGCCCCGCCCCACCCUUAACACACAGGCACACCCUGUCCCCCAGACCCCUUCUUCCUGCACAGAACAGGAGGGCACAGCCCAGCUCUAGGCCCCUCUGGUGAACAUCAGAAAGGACAUCCCCCAACACCUUACCCCCUUAGAAUCCUGGAAUCUGAUCCCUCCCUUCCCCAGCAUCCCAGGCAGGCUUGAGAAUGGGCAAACACAUACCUACACCUGAGACCAUGGAGGGAGCUUCCUGCCAGAGCUGCCACUGUGGCAGUCGGUGGGGCUGGCCGGCCCCUCGCCUCUUACCUUCCAUCCCAAUCCAAGAGUCCAGGCCAUCCCAAGGACCACCAACUUCCCAUAUGGCCCCUACCGCUGUGGUUUGUCCUCAGGCAGAAGCUUCCUCAGCUGAGGGGAAAGCAAGGCCCUAACUGAGGGACAGGCAAACCCAGGGAAGCCAGCCCAUCUGGGCAGUGGUUGUAGGAGGUAGCAGAGAGCAGAGCUACUCACCGCUUGGCCUCCUGUCCCAAAGGGGUCCUGUCAAGCCUGUGGACUGCAACCCCCCCCCUCCCCCGCCCCCGCCAAGCACUUCUCUGCAAGCUGGCUUAUCCCCAUCACUGUGCAGAAACUGCUCUCACAAAAGCUGUGGUUCUCAGCCCUGGCCGUACCCCAGAAUCACCUAUGCAAGUUUGGAAAACUGCACAUGCCCACCCCCAAGACUCUGAUUGAGGUCUUGGGUGGGGCCCAGAUGUGGGUAGUUUUAAAAGGUCCACAGGUUGUUCUGGUGCAUAGUCAGGGCAUAGCUGGUCCACCCACGUUCCCUGAGCACUUUCAUUCCCACCCACAGCUUCCAGUUGUCAGUUGGUUGACAAUUCCCGAAUUGCCAUCUGCACCCCAUUUCGCUCCAGGCUACAAAUUCAGCUGCUCCCUGAACAUUUCAACUAGGAUGAUCCACAGAUCCUUCCCACUCGACAGGUCCAACACUGAACUCAUGAGCACCUGGCCCCAGCCUGCCCCUCCUCCAGGGAGCCCCAGCUGCCAGAAUGCAUCCCUUCCACCUGGUCACCUAGGCCAACGGCAUGCCUCUGUCUGUCCUACCCCUCACCCCAGGCAAGCAGGCACAACUGAAUUUUCAAAAAGGUGUGGUCCUGGAAGAGGCUGGGUAGCCCCACACUCUCCCCACAGCUCUGCUUCAGACUUCUCUCUCCCAGCAGCCUCCAGACAUAUCUCCAAACCAUCCCCACCACCGCAGCCAGAGUCAGUCACUGGAACGCAUGUCUAAUCACACCAUUCUACUGCCUGAAACCCUUCAGUGGUCCCCAGAGUUACUGGGAUUAAGUCCAGACUCCCUAAGAUGACACACAGGAUCUGGCCUUUCCUUACCUCUAUCCAUAUUAGUCACCCAACCUCCACCUCACCUGCCAAAUUGCUAUCAUUAGGCAUCAGAAUACCACUCUCCAGCCCCUACCUCAACCUCAGCGCAAAUGUCUCUCCUCCAUGACCUCCCCUUCUUCAGCCCUGGGCACCUUCUCCUACCAGCACUGCCCCGCUGUGCCGGGUGAGAGCGGAGUUGCAGGUGUGUCUCUACUCCGCCCCGGCCGCUCGGGAGGGGAGCGGUGGGCGCGGGGGAGCGGCUGGAGCAGGGUUAGCCCUUGAGAGCCCCGGCGCGGUGCGCGCCGACCCAGCGAGUUCCGUGGCUCUGCUGAGAGAACAAACUUGUGGCGGAUCAGACAGCGGAGAGCAGUCACCGCAGGGCGGCCAGCCGGACCGGGGACGGCGCGAACCGGACAGCCAGUGGCCCAAGGCAGGGGCCAGCCUGUCCCUCCGUCCCCGCCCUCGCUCUCCCUCUCCCGCCCUCAGCCCGGCCUCUCAACUCCCUACUUCGCGUGUCCACAAACUCUGAACGCCCAGUGUCCGCGCAUCGCCGCCGCCGGAGUUCUCCACCCUGCGUCCCGGGGGCCCUUCCCAGCUUCUCCUCCUCCCACCUUGGGGGACCUAGCGGAGCCAGGCGGGGACGGCUCCCCGGCGGGUGGAGCAGCCAGGUGAGCCCAGAAAGGUGGGGCGGGGCGGGAGCGCUCCGGGCCCCACCCCGGGAUCCGGUGACGCCGGGGCUGGAAUUUGACACCGGACGGCGGCGGGCAGGAGACUGCUGAGGGAUGGAGUUGGGCCCGGCCCCCAGACACGGCCCACGGGCUCCACCAGCAGCAGGUCCCUCGGGCCCCAGCCCUCCCUGCGUCCCAGACCCAGGGCCCUGCACCCGCGGGCACAGACUGGCUGCCAAGGCCACACUUUUGGCUAAAAGGCGCUGCCAGGUGCAUAGUCCUGGGCAUGAGCCUUUUGAGCUGCGGGGGAAAGCCCGGCACUGGUCCCAGGAAAGGUGCCUAGAAGAACACGGCGCAGGAUUCCCGUGUGAGAGCCUGGCCCCUCAGGGCCCGUUUUCAAUUAGCUGAUCACACUUGGCCCUGAAGGACCUCACCAGGGACGCCUGGGAGAUCCAGCCCACAGCUGCCUCAAGAGGAGGGUGGGGAAACAGGUCAACUGCGGCUGAUGGGAGCUCUUGGUAGUGACAGAGAUGGAACCUGGAUGUGGAGGCCCUUCUGUGCCGCCCCACGGGCCUCGGCCUAGGCGGCUGCCGGCCUUGUGGCCAACCCUGGCCGCUCUGGCCCUGCUGAGCAGCGUCGCCGAGGCCUCCCUGGGCCCCGCGUCCCGCAGCCCCGCCACCCGCGAAGGCCCCGCGCCCGUCCCGGCGCCCCCAGCCGGCCACCUGCCAGGGGGCCGCGCGGCCCGCGUGUGCGGCGGAAGACCCCGGCGGCCGUCGCCGCAGCCGGCCCGGCCCGCGCCCCCGCCGCCCGCGCCCUCGCCCGCGCCCUCCCGCGGGGGCCGCGCGGCGCGUGCCGGGGCCCGGGGCGGCCGCGCGAGCCGGGGGAGCCGCGCGCGGGCCGCGGGGGCGCGGGGCUGCCGCCUGCGCUCGCAGCUGGUGCCGGUGCGCGCGCUCGGCCUGGGCCACCGCUCCGACGAGCUGGUGCGCUUCCGCUUCUGCAGCGGCUCCUGCCGCCGCGCGCGCUCCCCGCACGACCUCAGCCUGGCCAGCCUGCUGGGCGCCGGGGCCCUGCGGCCGCCCCCAGGCUCCCGGCCCGUCAGCCAGCCCUGCUGCCGACCCACGCGCUACGAGGCGGUCUCCUUCAUGGACGUCAACAGCACCUGGAGGACCGUGGAGCGCCUGUCAGCCACCGCCUGCGGCUGCCUGGGCUGAGCGCUCCCUACCGGGGUUUGCCGACUGCACCCCUACCCCUGGAUCUGCCUGCCUGGGCCCUCCCGCAGGACCCCGCGAGCCAGGGGCCUCAACCGGAGAUGAGUGAUGGACAUCAACCCUCGAGAGAUGGAGGGACGACUGACCAGUGGCCCCAGGGUCCUCACCCUGCCAGUCCCAGCCCUACAGACACCAGAGACCUCAGCCGUGGAGACCUUAGGACCCACUUCUACAGACUCUGGCACUGACCAGGCCACGGACCCAGGACUCCUCUGGAGAACCCAGCAGUGUCUGAGGUCUCAGCCUCAGUCCAGGCCCUGGGGGAACAAAAUUCGGAGGAGACGUAUUGCAGUUGCAUUGCUGAAGGGCCUAUGCUAGAGCGGGCCUUGUACUUACCGGUGGGAGCUGGACCCCUAUUUAUUUUUUCUAAAUUAUUUAUUUACUUC